GCAGCUGCUCCGGCCCUCUCUCUUGGCGGCGGCUGUGGGGGGUCCGGGGCGCUGUAACCCGAAACCUCCCGCCCCUGAGUGCAGCGAAGGCGGCGGGGGAAGGAGGAAGCGGCUCGGCCCGGCCCGGCGCUGCCCAGCAUGUACUGUCUGCUCUGUCAAUGUGCGCUCUGACAAUGAGCAUCAACUCCUCCCUCAGCAAUGGGAAGGGCCUGAGAAACCUCACAGCGCAGGAAGACGGGGCAGUCAGAGUUACCGAGUCGAUUGCUAUUAUCGUCAUUGCUAUUUUCAUCUGCCUGGGCAACUUGGUGAUUGUCAUCACCCUCUAUCGGAAGUCUUACCUCCUUACGCUGAGCAACAAGUUUGUGUUCAGUCUGACACUGUCCAACUUCCUUCUGUCCGUCCUGGUGCUUCCUUUUGUCGUCACCAGCUCCAUCAGGCGGGAAUGGAUCUUUGGAGUAGUUUGGUGCAACUUUUCUGCCCUGCUCUAUAUGCUGAUCAGCUCGGCCAGCAUGCUAACUCUUGGUCUCAUUGCUAUAGAUCGGUACUAUGCUGUCUUAUAUCCAAUGGUGUAUCCAAUGAAGAUUACAGGAAACAGAGCAGUUGUAGCCCUUGUGUAUGUGUGGUUACACUCCCUCAUUGGCUGCCUUCCUCCUCUCUUUGGCUGGUCUUCCUUGGAGUUCGAUCAGUUCAAAUGGAUGUGUGUGGCUGCGUGGCAUAAGGAGGCAGGCUACACAGCCUUUUGGCAGAUCUGGUGUGCUUUGCUGCCCUUCCUGGUUAUGAUGAUCUGCUACGGAUUCAUAUUUCGUGUGGCUAGGAUUAAAGCGCGCAAGAUUCACUGCGGUAGCGUGGUCAUUGUAGAGGAGGACACUCAGAGGAAUGGGAGAAAGAACUCUAGCACCUCCACCUCCUCUUCGGGCAGUCGAAGGAAUGCUUUCCAAGGGGUUGUCUACUCAGCCAAUCAGUGCAAAGCUUUCAUAACCAUCUUGGUUGUCAUUGGUGCUUUUGUGAUCACAUGGGGGCCCUAUAUGGUAGUAAUUACAUCAGAAGCACUUUGGGGGAAAAAUAGCAUUUCUCCUGCUCUGGAGACAUUAGCAACAUGGUUAUCUUUUUCAAGUGCCAUUUGCCAUCCACUGAUUUAUGGACUCUGGAACAAAACAGUGCGCAAAGAACUAUUAGGAAUGUGUUUUGGGGACCGGUAUUACCGGGAGUCAUUUGUUCAGCGUCAUAGGACAGCCAGAUUAUUCAGCAUUUCCAAUAGGAUCACAGAUCUGGGACUAUCUCCCCAUCUUACAGCUCUCAUGGCAGGUGGGCGACCUUUAGGACACAGCAGCAGCACAGGGGACACUGGUUUCAGCUGCUCUCAGGAUUCAGGGACAGAUGUGAUGCUGCUUGAGGAUUAUAGUUCGGAUGGCGCUCAUCACCCACAUUGCGUUUAUCCCUAUCGACGGAGGAGUUCGGUGACAUUCGAAGACGAAGUGGAGCAAAUCAAAGAAGCUGCAAAGAAUUCCGUUCUUCAUGUAAAAGCUGAAGUCCAUAAAUCUCUGGACAGUUAUGCAUCCAGUUUAGCCAAAGCUAUUGAAGCUGAUGUGAAAAUUAGCUUGUUUGGAGAAGAUGCUUUACCAGGAUCUUUGUUUCCUUCGCGGACUAUACCAGGCGGCAAUGUGAGUGCACGGCGUGGUGGCAGAGCCCAGGCUGGCCAAAGACUUCAGCUUCAAAGCAUCGAUGAAGGGAAUAUUUGAGAAGAGCGCUGAACUAGAAGAAACCACUAAGUAGGACCCAGUCUAGUAAUAAUUAUUGUAAAAGAAGCAGAGUAUUCAGAAUGGCUUAACUUCAGUGUUUUAGUCAAGAACACUUGAAAAUACCUGAAUACUUGUCUUUAAAUACAUACAUCUACAUUUUAGAACAGUAUUUACUUACUGUUCAGGAUACUGUAGAUGUGUUUGUGUAAUGUUUUUAUCCAUUAUACAGCACAUAAAAACAUAGGAUUUGCCUUACUGGACCAAACCACUGGUCCAUCAGAUCAAGUAUCCUUCAGUGGCCAAUUCCUGAUAUUUCAUAGGAAAGCAAAACAAACAAACAAACAAACAAAAAAACCCAUGCAGCAUUAUACAUGGUGUUGUAGAGAUUUUUUCCUGACCCAUGGGGCUAUCAAUGUAAUCCCUAAAAGAGGAGAUUUGAUGGCUCUACUUACUGGAAACUUUAUACACAGUGUUAUUUUGGAGAACUGUAAAAAAAUGACAGGAGCAUGGAUUUAACUAAAGCACAAAAUCUGAGCUUAGUUUUCAGAUUUCCAGGAUCCCUUUCAUCCAAAUUACUGUCCUGCUCACCUUUGGUGGUGGAUUAAAUUUUUGACUGUUCAGUCGUGGGAAUGCUAAAUAUGAGGCCAUAUUUAUUGCUUUUGUUCCACUGGACAAACGUUUUACUACAGAAAGCAGAUACAUCAUUCUCACAUGUAUAAUGGGUAGAGGCAGACAAGCACCGGAAAGAUGGCAGAAAUGGUUGUAGAAGAUGGACAUGCAGAUUUUGUUUGGGGUUUUUUAGUUCUCAAUGAGAAUUACGAUUUGCUUUCCUUGUUUUGUUUUUACAGAGGCAUUGUACAGCCACUAAGAUUAAACAAGGAUGAGAUAGAACAUAAAUACUGUAUUGCCACUUAAUAUUGACGUUAUACAGGUUUCAUCCUUUAUACACAGAAAAGCUUGGUGAGUUAGAUUUUUACAAAGGAGUACGUCUUUUUGUGUUGUUAAAGCAAUAACUACCUCAGUGCAAGUAUUUCUUGGAGUUUAACUCAUUAAAUCUUAAAAUAACAAUUUUUAGCACUUAUAUAGCACUUUUCAUGUUCCAAGCGCUGUACAAACAUGAAUUAAUCUUUAUAGCCCCCUAGCCCUGAGCGGCAGGUAGGUGGGUAAGCAGCAUCAUUCCCAUUUUUGCUGAAGCAUUAUUAAAGUGAAGGGCCAAGUUUGUCCAGAAGUGCUCACUCGUUUUGUGUGACUCAGUUUUUGAGUGCCCACGUGGUAGCUGCAGGUGCUCAAAACCUCUGAAAAUCAGGGACAAUCUCACUUUGGGCACUUAAAACCUGAGAAUUACAGAGCUCUUGUGACAAUUUGGCUGUGUGUGACUUACCAAGGCCAUAGACAGAAUAUCAGAGGGUAAAAUCUCUGGAUUUCAUGAAACUCAAACCCGUUCUUAAACCACUAGAUCACCCCUUUCUCUGGCCCCAGUUCAAAAAAGCAUUCAAGCACAUGCGUAAAUCCAUCUCUAUUCAGCAAUGCACUUAACUCAUGGCUAACUUAAGUACUUGCUUAUGUCCCAUUGAAGUCAAUGGGAUUUAAGUGUAUGCUUGAAAUUAAACGUGAUUUGCUGAAUAAAGAUGGACUGUUGAAUUGAGACUUCUACAAUCCACAAAAUUGGGUGUUUUGCAUAGUUACAAAAUAUUCAGGAAUGAAAUAGUUAAUAAUAAUGGAUUGUGAGGAGCUGAUGGCCUGAAAAGUAGCCUAGUGACCCCAGUCACUCAUUCAUUUUACUUUAUUUAAUUUUUCAGUGCAUAAAAUGUAUCUUUUGACAGCUCUUGGCACAUGUCCAAGAAUCUAUAAUCCCAUCAAUUGCCAGGAAAUGCCCUGCACCGAGGUCAUUAUUGCCACUGUAAAAUGAAUAUGCAGGGAGAAAGCUAGGCCACUGGAUUUCUUUUCACGGGUGAUGCUGUUUUAAUUGCUGUCUAUAUGAACACACACACGGUAUAAUAGCUCAUCAGAUUGUUAGAAACAAUUUCUUAAUGUUCCACUUAUUUUGUAACCCUUGCAAAACAAGUUGACCAAAAAUGCCAUUGAAGGAAAAGGGAACAAGGAGCCUGAAUUAAAGGGACAACCAUGGGAUAGUUUGGAUGGAUUGGGUUCGCUCUUAUUCACCAUUAGGUUGCGUUGAAGUAAUUGUCAAGAUUUUGUCUCAAAGGCAUAGGGGGGAAAACCCCCAAGCACAUAUGAAAGCACAAAACUGUUAGCAUUACAUAAAGAGCACCUUACCCACCAAGGCACUGAUUGAAAUUCAGCCCCCCGGGAAGGUCUGAGGAGUUGCACCUGCUUACACCAGGGUUGAAUUUGGCUCACUGUGUUAAUUUCACUAACAUAUUAUUAGUAAUAUAUUUACUAAAUAAUUUAUUUACUAAAUGAAACACAUCUUACACCCUCCCCAUAAUGCUGUUGUUGUUAUCAGUGUUUUCUAGUUUGAGGUGUUGUUAGAGAAAUAACUAAUUAAGAAACACACACAUUUUACAAAGUUGUAUUCAAAGUACAAGGAAGUGCAUUGUUUCUAGAUAGUGAAGGGGAGCGGUUUUGUUUCAUUCUUCAACCUGAGUGAAGUGCCCCUUCUUUAAUUCUUUAAUUUUUGAUAAUCAAAGGUGUUACUAAUUACAUAAAAAGAUCAGGAGUCCUUGUGGCACCUUAGAGACUAACAAAUUUAUUUGAGCAUAAGCUUUCAUGGGGCUGUAGCCACAAGUACUCCUGUUCUUUUAGCAGAUACAGACUAACACGGCUGCUACUCUGAAACUAAUUACAUAGCAGAGGAAUUUUUUUAAAAUCUCAACAAUGUGCCAUUAAGAAAGUCAUAGUUCAAGACUAAAACAAAAGCAUGGAACAUAUUGCAUAAGGCUGCAACCAUGUCCUUAGUUCUCCAGUAUUACUUAAAAGUAAAAAGAUAUAUUGGACUUGGAAAAGGGUCAGAAAAAGGCAACAAAAAUGAUUAGGGGUAUGGAACGGCUUCCAUAUGAGGAGAGAUUAAUAAAACUUGGACUUUUCAGCUUGGAAAAGAGACGACUAAGGGGGGAUAUGAUAGAGGGCUACAAAAUCAUGACUGUUGUGGAGAAAGUAAAUAAGGAAGUGUUAUUUACUCCUUCUCAUAACACAAGAACUAGGGGCCACCAAAUGAAAUUAAUAGGCAGCAGAUUUAAAACAAACAAAAGGAAGUAUUUUUUCACACAGUGCACAGUCAACCUGUGGAACUCCUGGCCAGAGGAUGUUGUGAAGGCCAAGACUAAAACAGGGUUCAAAAAAGAAGUAGAUAAAUUCAUGGAGGAUAGGUUCAUCAAUGGCUAUUAACCCGGUGAGGAUAGGCAGCAAUUAUGGUCAGGUUUGUUCCAUGAGGAGGGUGCGUUUUUAGACACCCCGCCCCCCUUGGAACAGGCUUUUCUAACUUUAAAAAAAAAAAAGACCCAUUGCUACAGAUUCUACUUUUAGUUAAUUUCCUGUCAAGAAACUUGAUUGGUUUCAAUGGAGUUAAUGCAGAUUUACACCAAUGUUAGUGGGAUCAGAAUCUCACCCAAUAACUCUAAAGUUUGAGUCAUCGUUUCCAUAAGAAUAUGACAUCUUUUCCUCCUCCUCUCAUUCCUCAAAUAAUACAAAUCAGCAAGUAACAAAUUAGGUGUGUCAUAUUAGGCAUGUGUUUUCAUCCAUUAUUAUAGACCAGGGGUAGGCAAACUUUUUGGCCCGAGAGAGCCAUCUGGGAAUAGAAAUUGUAUGGCGAGCCAUGAAUGCUCACAAAAUUGGGGUUGGGGUGUGGUAGGGGCUGCAGGGUCUGGUUGCGGGUGCGGGCUCCAGGGUGGGACCAGAAAUGAGUCAUUCAGGGUGUUGGAGGGGGCUCUUGGCUUGGGUGGGGGAAUUGGGUGCGGAGCAGGUGUGCGGACUCUGGGGUGGAAUCGAGGAGUUCGGAGGGCAGAAGGGGAAUCAGGGCUGGGGCAGGGUUCUGGGGUGUGGGAAGGGGUGCAGGCUCUGGCUGGGGGUGCGGGCUCUGGCGUGAGGCUGGGAAUGAGGGUUUUGGGGUGCAGGAAGGUGCUCCAGGCUGGGAUCGAGGGGUUCGGGGGGCAGGAGGGAGAUCAGGGCUGGGGCAGGGGAUUAGGGCGCGGGAAGAGGCUCAUGGGUACAGGCUCUGGGUGGUGCAUAUCUCAACCAGCUCCCGGAAGCAGCGGCCAUGUCUCCGCUCUGGCUCCUAUGCGGAGCUGUGGCCAGGCGGCUCUGCGUGCUGCCCCAUCCGCAGGCACUACCCCUGCAGCUCCCAUUGGCUGCAGUUCCCGGCCAAUAGGCACUGCGGGGGUGGCGCUUGGGGCAGGGGCAGCGCGCAGAGUGGAGCCCCCUGGCUGCCCCUACACAUAGGAGCCAGAGCGGGGUCAUGCCGCUGCUUCCUGGAGCCGUGUGGAGCAGCCCCCGACCCUGAUCCCCAGCUGGAGUGCCGGAACGGGGCAAGCCCCAGACCCCGCUCCCCAGUGGGAACUCGAGGGCCGGAUUAAAACGGCUGGUGGGCCGAAUCUGGCCCGCAGGCCGUAGUUUGCCCACCCCUGUUAUAGACAAAGGGGAAAAUUCUGUCCUUAGUUACACUGUUGUAAAUCCGUGGAAGUCAGUGGGGCUAUAUCAGCGUAUAACUGAGAGCAGAAUUUAGCACAAAGCAUGCAUAUGUUCAUAUCCCUUCUCCAUCUGGCCCCUUCCCCAAUUAAUACUGAAAAAUUUAUGAAUAUGUUGAUCACAAACUUUAAUUGUUUUGUUCUAUUAUAUAUUUAAUUUCAGUUUACUAUGAGAGUAGUUCUUUAGUGUGGAACAGUACUUUAUAUUUGUGAUAAAUGUGUUAAAAAAAAAAACAUACGCCCCCUGUUUGAAACCUUUCUGCAGAGAAAAGCAGAUAUUCUUAGCAUUUACUUCUAUCCCACUGGAAUAAAUCAGAGGUAACACCAUUGAAGUCAAUGGAGUUACACUGAUGCAAAAAGAGAAUCGGGCUCUAAAUACUAUAUUUUUAAAAAAAAGUUUGAUCAUUUCAAAUCAAAGGAGCUAUUCUGACUGUAGAUUUAUGGAAGUAAGAGGACAAUCUAAAAUAGCUGUAAUCAUGGUUGGCAAAUGCUAACACAUUUUUGUGUAAUUUUCAUGGUACUGUAUGUUAUUACGAGGCACAGGAUUGUGUAACUGAAAUAAUAUUCUGACUAAAGAAUAUUUUGGUAUUUUUAUAUUCAUUUUGUAUUCCCCUGCCCCCUAACGCUAAAUGUUAAAAUGGAUACAUUGACUUCUUUGUUAAUACUUUGAAAAAUAAAAAUGGAUGUACAC